AUGCUUUUAUUGGCAGGACAAAAAACAAAAGCAAAUAAAGAAACAGAACCCUCGAGACUAUUCUCUAAAGUCUUAACACUAUAAAUACGCAUCAUAACAACAUACUAAUUAUAUAUACAAGUGACUUGCUACACAUAUAUACAACAAAUACAAGAAAACACCAAAAGAUCACAUAUCCUUCCAAUGGCCCCCCUUCAACGCACAAUCUCGGAUAUUUCACACCAAAUAUCCAUAGACAACACUCUAACAAAAGAACCAUCUCCAACCGCAACCGCAACAACUUUGUUGUCCUUAUCAACGAUAUCCGAAGUGGAAGAUGCAAAGUGCGAGUGUUGUGGCAUGUCUGAAGAGUGCACGCCAGAAUACAUACACCGGGUGCGUUCAAAAUUUUUAGGGAAGUUGAUUUGCGGGCUGUGUGAAAAGGCAGUGGAGGAGGAGAUGGAGAAGAUGAUCAACAGUGAUGUGGUGGUAGAGAAGCGGCGAGAGGAGGCAGUAAAGGCACACAUGAGCGCAUGUUCCCGGUUCAACAGGCUAGGCCGGAGUUAUCCAGUGUUGUACCAAGCAGAAGCGGUUAAGGAAAUGCUGAAGAAGAGGUCUAAGAAGAUGGUUGGAGUCACCAAGCCGGAAAAAGGUGGCCUCGCUAGGAGCUCUAGCUGCAUGCCGGCUUUAGCUAAGGAGCUUAAAGAUCGUACCUUGGUUAAUUAGCUUAUUUUUAUACUCACGUAAUGUUAUGUUCAUAUAUAGAUUUGAAUUUACAUGCAGACGGAGAUGUGAAUUAAGUGAGUUAUAUAUAUGUAGUUAAAACUGAUGGAAGUUUUACGUGUGUAAUGUAAAUUUUUUUUUGUUUCGUCUAAUGUACAAUCAAACGUCUGUGUUGUCACUAGUAUAUUUAUUUGUGGAUCAAUCAUGUAAAAGAAAUAAGACUUUGACAUCAAAGUAUAAAAAUAUCGAACCUUAAUAUAUGCUUA